AUGUCUAUAAAGAUCGCAUCCAAAUCACACGUUGAAGACCUUCUGGCCAAGUACGACACAUUUCUGUUUGAUUGUGAUGGUGUUUUAUGGCUCGGCGAUCAUUUGCUGCCGAAUAUCGCGGAGACAUUGGACCUCUUACGUUCCAACGGUAAAAAGGUGAUCUUUGUGACCAACAACUCUUCCAAAUCCAGAGCCGACUACGUCAAAAAAUUCAAGAAGUUUGGCAUUGUUGCCACCACGGAGGAGAUCUUUGGCAGCUCCUACGCCACGGCAGUCUAUGUGGACAGUAUUUUGCAGCUCCCAAAAAACAAGAAGGUCUGGGUUUUGGGAGGAUCCGGUAUUGUCGAUGAGCUUAAACUGUUUGGCUACGAGUCAUUAGGAGGUGUUGAUCCUAGGUACGACGGUCUUCUAGACAUGAACGAUCCAGAAUCGAUGAUUUACAAGAUCGACCCGGACGUCGGAGCGGUGGUUGUCGGGCUCGAUACCAAGCUCAAUUACUACAAGCUCGCUGUCACCAUGCAAUACCUCAAAGACCCAAAAGUUCCGUUCAUUGCUACAAACAUCGACUCAACGUAUCCCUCCAAAGGCAUGAAGCUUCCUGGAGCAGGAUCGUGCGUUGAGUCUGUGGUGUGUGCAAGCGGAAGGCAGCCAAUUACCAGCUGCGGAAAGCCUAGUAAGGGCAUGAUGGACGCCAUUGACAAAGCGCACAAACUAGACAAAAGCAGAACACUGAUGGUCGGCGAUAGACUGAACACCGAUAUGAAAUUUGGUAGAGAGGGAGGACUGGCAACGCUGCUUGUGUUGACGGGAAUUGAGACCGUUGAGACACUGGGUGAGCUUAGCAAGGAUGAGCAACCCACGUACUUUGCCGACAAGCUGGGCGAUUUGUAUGAACUGCUGCAAUAG